AUGUCCUGGCAAUAUAAGCUCGCAUCGAGCGUGCGGGCGUCUCCGCUUCGCGCGCUCUCGUCCCGGCCGAAUGGCCUCCUACAUCGCCCGGCUGUCCGCGGUGCUGCGGGGUGUCUUGCCGCUAAGUCAGAGCCCAUCAUGUCUCAGACCACCGUCUCGAUCGCCUCCAAGCGAACCCUUUCGACCGUUCAAACUCCCAAAUGCCUGAACGCUACCAACAUCAACCCACAUGUGAAGGAGGCCAAGUACGCCGUGCGCGGUGAACUGGCUGUCAAAGCCGAGGCUUACCGCCAUCGUUUGGCUGAUGGCGAUAAAUCUCUGCCUUUCGAUAGCGUCAUCUUCGCCAACAUCGGCAACCCCCAACAACUCGAUCAGAAGCCCAUCACUUUCUUCCGCCAGGUUCUCAGUCUCGUCGAGAACCCCUCGUUGUUGGAAAACCCCGAGGUUCUCAAGGAGUCAUUCGGAUAUAAGCAGGAUGUUAUCGACCGAGCCCAGGCUCUGUUGGCUAAUGUGCACAGUGUUGGUGCCUACAGUCACAGCCAAGGUGCCCCUGGUAUCCGCAACAGCGUCGCCAAGUUCAUCGAGAAGCGCGAUGGCUUCUCUGCCAACCCCCAGGACUUGUUCCUGACUUCAGGUGCCUCCUUUGGUGUGAGCACCAUGCUGAACGUCAUCUGCAGUUCCCCCAGUACUGGUGUCUUGGUCCCCAUCCCUCAGUACCCUCUCUACACUGCCACCUUGUCGCUGCUGAAUGCCCGCUGCGUGCCCUACCUCCUUGAGGAGGAGAAGGCCUGGGGUACCGAUGUCAACGCGAUCCUCAAGUCCAUCGAGGAUGCCAAGGCUGCUGGUACCGAUGUGCGUGCCGUUGUCGUGAUCAACCCCGGUAACCCCACCGGUGCCUCUCUGAGCGCCGACGACAUCAAGAAGGUCCUUGAUGUCGCCGCCGAAGAGAGCCUGGUAGUCAUCGCCGACGAGGUCUACCAGACCAACAUCUUCAAGGGCGAGUUUGUCUCCUUCAAGAAGCGCCUACGCCAGCUCCAGGAGGAGUUCCCCGGCAAGUACGAUAAUGUCGAGCUGGUCUCGCUGCACAGUAUCUCUAAGGGUAUGGUUGGCGAGUGUGGUCACCGUGGUGGCUACUUCGAGCUGGUUGGUUUCGACCCCAAGGUCCAGGAGCAGGUCUACAAGCUCGUCAGCAUUGCCCUGUGCCCGCCGGUCGUCGCACAGUGCCUGCUCGAGUGCAUGGUCAACCCUCCUAUCGAGGGCGACCCAAGCUUCGAGCUCUACAACAAAGAGUACACCGGUAUCUCGGAGGGUCUGCGCCAGCGUGCCCUCUCCCUGUUCAACGCCUUCCAGCGCAUGGAGGGUGUUGUGGUUCAGGAGCCUCAGGGUGCCAUGUACCUCUUCCCCACCAUCCACCUCCCCGAAAAGGCCAUCGAAGCCGCCAAGGCCGAGAACCGCGCCGCCGAUGAGUUCUACUGUCUGGCCCUCCUCGACGCCACAGGUGUCUGUGUCGUCCCAGGCUCCGGCUUCGGUCAGAAGGAGAACACUCUCCACUUCCGCACAACCUUCCUUGCCCCUGGCACCGACUGGGUUGAGCGCAUCGUCAAGUUCCACUCUGAGUUCAUGGACAAGUACCGCUAA